UUGCCAUAACUUAUUCAUUUUAAGUUAGAUUUAGACUUAUAUGGAAAGGUCUUUCAAGCCCUAUCAAACUAACCAACAAUUGGACUAAUAUUAUGGACAAUAAUAAUCUUGUUUGUACGUUUUUAUGGAUUGGACACAAAAUGAAUGAUUUUGAUGACGUGAAAUGAAUGAUUUUGGGUUUAAAGGCACGAAAUGAAUGAUUUUCGUCCAAAAUAUUUUAGGUAAGGUAAGAAAUAUGGUCAAGGCUUAACACACUUCGUGAGACUCUUCAACUCUUUACCAAACUCGUUGAUCAAAUCGUGACACGUACUCACCACUGGGUUUGGUUUUUGGGGAGAUACAAUUAGGUGUCUGCAGUUAUCGGUUUUUUUUUUUUUUUUUUUUUUUUUUUUUUUUUUUUGUGUGUAAAGUAUGUCAUUUACACUAAUUAGAAUAAGUGUAUCAUUUAAAUUACCAUUUUCGCCAAUGUAUAACUUUAACCAUUAAUAAGUUUAGGUAGGGUAUGGAUGGUGGGUCAACAUUGUUUUUAGAUGGAAUAUAAUAUUAAGUAUAUAUCAUGAUAUUAUCAUGACAAUAUAUUCUCUAUUAAGAUCAUACCAUUGAUUUUAUUAGGAAAAUAUCAUCAUUUAAUUGUGUAAAUCAUAUCAUCUAAUUUGUUUUAAUAAAAAUCAUAUCAUCUAAUUAUGUAUAUAAUAUCCCUAGUUUUUUGGAUAUUAUACAUUCUCCCUUUCUUUAUCAUGUAUAAUUUUAUCCUCUUUGUAAUUUUAUAUAAGGCCAUGCUUGGAUAAAGAAUAAUGAAUUCACAAAGUUUGUCUCACCCAACCAUUGGUAAGACAUGCAUUUUUUGAGCUUAGCCCGUAGCGGCUGAGCCCACUUAACUGGCCUUCUUAUUACAUUAAAAAACCGUCAAAUUUCUUCCACUUUAUUCUCAAACUCUCUCACAUUAAAACUAAUUUUCCUCUCUCAUUGAGUUAUCACCUUCAUUCUUCUCCAUUUUCAACUUCAUUUUCUUCUUUGGUUCUACUAAUUACUUUUAUGAAAGAUUUUUUUUUAUUUUAUUUUAUUUUAUUUUAUUUUUUUUUUUUUUUGCAUUAUCAUUGUAAAAACAAAAAAAUGAGGACGAAGAAUGUUGAUCGAUCGCCGCCUAGGAAUCUUGAAACUUUCGGUAGUGAAGACGGAAGUUCAAAACGAAAAUUCGAUUCAGAAUCAAGGGUUUUGAAGAUAUCUUCACUGCAAUCAAGGAUAUAUUGUAGGUGUUUGAUGAUUUUUUUUUUCAACUUUGGGUUUUAAAAUUUUAAUUAUCAAUUAUUUUAUACUCUUGGUUAAAUAUUUGUUUUUUAUGCAACAAUAUGUUUUCUAUAAUAGAGGAUAUACUUUAGGAGGUAGAAGACGAACUAUUGCAUUUGAUCUUUUCUUAUAAUUUGCAAAAUAUCUAUUGUUUCUUUUCGAAACAAUUAGAGGCUACAUGUUCUAAAGGUUUUUCCGGUAAAUUAGUUCCUCUAAAAUAAACUUUAGAUUCAAAAUAUAGGUAUGUUUAAUCCAUUAGAUCCUGUGUUUUAGGCUUUUUACGAAACUUAAUGUUUAAAUGAUAUCCUCUGUUUUUAGGGAUGUCCUUAGUCUAGUGCCUUCAGUUAACCAUCUUUUGAUUUAAAUUAAAUUUAUGUAUUUAUGAUGUUUAUUUUAUAUCUACAUAUUGUUUCAGUAAAUUUGGAAAGAAUUCUCCUAGUAAGAAAACUAAUGUUCCUACUGCAAAGGUUGAUGAUGAAUUAAAAGUUCCUAUAAAAAGAAGAAAAUUGGAGAAAGAACAUUUUGAUUUGAGGUAUUAGAUUUUAAUUUCUAUAUGUUAUGUAUUAAAUGCAUUUUUUUUUUAGUAAUUAUUCUAAUUUGACAUGUAUAAACUAUUUAUUAAAACUUAUUCUGAAAUAAAAAUUUGAUAUCAUCAAUUAUGUAGAUGGUAUCAGCGUUUUUAGCAGUCAUAUCCUCAGCUAUCGAGUUUAUAUCAAUGAAUAUUCUAUAUCUUAUUAAAAUGGGACUGAUAUCUUAUAGUGUUUUGUUUCUAUACUAUUUUUUUUUAUUUAAUAUUUUUAUUUGCAGUGAUAUUAUUCCAGAAGAUAUGUCAGAUGUUAUAAUAGCUAGUCAGUCUAGUGCUCCUUCAAUGACAUACUUUAUUAAUCUUUUAAGUCCACAACAAAGGGCCAAUGUUGAAGAAAUUGGAUUUGGGGGAUUAUUGAAGAUGAAUUUGGCGAAAGAUUUUAAUAGUUGGAGAUAAUAAGAUAUCAUUCAACAGCACUGAUUUGCAUAAUGUGCUUGGGAUUCCUCACACUUCUACUCCGGUGAUUGAGUUGUCUAGAUUGAAGUCUGAUUCUAACCCAGAUAAGCAUAUAAUUUAGGAAUGGAGGGAUUCUUUUGGCUUAGAUAAUGUUGUGGAUGAAACUAAUCAUGAAACUAAAAAUAUUAAGCAAGUUAAAAAGAAGUUCAAUUUUGCAUCCGAAAAAGGUGCUUUGAAGAUUGAAGAACUUGUUGAAAAAGUUCCUACAAAAUCGUCUACAUCAAAGAAGAAUGUCUGAUGUUGAAAAAAAGGAUAAGACUGUGACUAAAAAGAAAUAUGUGACUUUGGAUGUUUGGAAAGAAAAGUUUAUGGAAUUAAGGAAUGGUGGAGAUGAAUUCAAAAAGAUUUUUGUGUUGUUUGCGAUUUCUAAUUUUUUAUCACCUUAUGGUGAUAAGUCUCUCAACCUUAGUGCGGUUAAGUCGUUAUCUAAUGUUAAGAAUAUUAAGGAUUUUGAUUGGUGUGGAUUUAUUAUAAAGAAUAUGUGUAAUUCAAUUAAGGAAUUACAUAAGUAUUUGCUUGAUAAAAGGAAGCGGCCUACUACUACUGUAUCUAAGGGCCAAAAUCCCACCAAAUUUGUUAGAAAAAUUGGCGGUUGUUUGCCAGCUAUGUUGGUGACUUUUGUUCAAAAAGUCCACUAUGGAGAGUAUGCAGGUGUUAAGUUACCAUUUAUCAGCAACUGGAAUUCUGAUACUUUAAAUGCUCGAAUCAAGGCACAAAAUAAAGACCGUUCUCGGUUUGGUAUUGGUAUUGUUAAGCAAGAUAUUGUUCUUUCUUCUGAUGUAUUAUAUGAAAAUUCGAAGGCACAUGAAGCAACUGAAAAGGUUGUGCCUUUAGCUCUGGAAUAUAAAAAUGAAUUGCGAAUUUCAAGUGAAGAUGAGUCAACAUUGUAUGUGCAAUACAAGAUCCCUAAUGAUCUUCAGACAGAUAGAGAAAUCCAGUCUAUGGAUGUUCCAGAUGUUGAAAAGAAGUUGAUGGUUCUUCAUCGUAAUAUGAAGAUUUCUUCAUCUGUUAAUCUAAGUUUGAUUAAGGAACUUUAGAAAGAUGCUGAAAUAUUAUCACAAGAAGCUUCUCAGCCAGAAUCAAAUUUUGAAAUGAAUGAUGAAUUUCUUGAGAUGUUGGAUUCUAUCACAGAAAAUUUGAUUCAAGUGAAAAAAUUGGUUGAUAAGAAGAAAGGAUUUCCUGUGAUGAUUGACAAAGUUAAACAAAUUUAAUUUUUUUUUUU